UUACUCAUGUUUUUGAUCAACGAGAUUUGGAUAUGGUCAUGUGCCUUCACUACAUUUUCCUUCCAAAAUGGCGGCAGAGGACCAGAAAGCACAUGGAGGGAUCCCUCAAAUGCGAUUUGUGGAAGAUGUGGAUGCUUACAUGAAGGAACCGGAGCAUGAAAAUGCAGAGAAAGUCCUCCGUAAGCUGGAUGAGCAGUAUCAGAAAUACAAGUUCAUGGAGUUCAACUUACAGCAGAAGAAGAACAGGUUGAAGGGGCAAAUCCCAGAAAUUAAGACAACAUUAGAUAUAAUUCAGCACAUGCAAAGCAGAAAGGGUUCCAGUGAGCCAAUGGAGACCAGUUUUAUGAUGUCAGACAAUCUGUAUGCAAAGGCAACCGUCCCUCCAACAGACAAGGUCUGCCUUUGGCUGGGGGCCAAUGUCAUGUUGGAGUACAGCGUGGAUGAUGCUGCUGCUCUGCUGGCCAAAAACCACAGCGCAGCCACCUCAAGUAUGACUCAAGUGGAGAAAGACUUGGAGUUCUUAAGGAACCAGUUGACUACCACAGAAGUCAACAUGGCCAGAGUUUUCAACUGGGACGUCAGAAGACGACAGGCAGCGAAACUACCUUAACCCUUCUCAUAAUAGUUACAGUUACAUGAACUGCAGCACCCCACCCUUCCAAAGCUAACUGAUAAUAAGCAGGCCCCUAACUUGUAAACAGUUUUUGUCUGGACUGUGCUUGAUACAUGUCCAGACAUGGUUUAUGUCUUAGGGGCCUUUAAUUUUGACAUAUUACCCAAAGUUCAUCACACUGCGCAUGUACAGUUCACACUGUGAACUGGCUUAUUUGCCUCUCCAAGAAUUAAGUUUCUGUGUGCUCUGCCACCUUUGUUUUUGUCACCAAAGAUAGGUAUUGAUUUGGUUUGUUUCGACCACAUGUCACCAAGUGCCUGAGUGUAGCACAUCCUGUGUAUGCUAUUUUUUUUCAGUGUGGGUUCAUGUUCUAACCUCUCUGCAGAGUUAGCCAUGUAAGUAUGCACAUGAUGGAAUAGAGAUUUAUUCCCACAUCAUUUAGAUUGAACAAAGAAGACAAAAAAACAGAUCUCGCUUGCUAUUUCCUAGCUUGCUAUUUCUAAGGAUUGCUUUGUGUUCGCCUUCAAAAAUGAAAACAUUAGGUUAGAAAUACCGAUAGCAAUUUAAGGUAAUGGUGUGUGUAAAAUAAGUAAUGGCAGAAAUCUGGGUGUAUGUACUUAACAAUGCAUAGUUAUGACUGUAUGCAUCAUGUUUUUUUGUGUUCAUUGGUGAUUGGUUGUGCAACAUGAAACAGCAAAU